GAUCAAAUCAUUUCGUACAGUUGUACGAUAUGCGCAAUCUAGUGAACAUACUUGUCCGUCGAGGCUACAGCACAUUGGUACCUAAAUUUGAAGAGAUUAAAAUCCCAGUGCCUUGGGGUCACAUAGCAGCAAAAUGGUGGGGACCUCAGGACAAACAGCCAGUUUUGGCCCUUCACGGCUGGCAAGAAAACUGCAACUCAUUUGACCCUUUGAUGAAGAUUCUGCCAGCAGAUUUGAGUAUUUUGGCUUUUGACAUGCCAGGAAAUGGAUAUUCCUCAAGAUAUCCUACACAUGGACAAUUCCACGUACUUGAAGAUGUUCUUGCACUCCGUGCACUCAACAAACACUUCGCAUUCAAAGAUCCCAUCAAGUUCCUUCUGCAUUCAUACUCGAUUGGUGCUGGAUUCAUUUAUGCCUCAAAUUACCAGACAGAUGUCGAAAGGAUGCUGGUGAUUGAUUAUAUAAAACCUCAGAGUUUGGACGGCAAACUUCUUGCCAAUGCCGGGGGGCAAUUUUUGGACAAAUUGGUGGACAUUGCAAUGGAUACUGAAAAGGUCAAAGAGGCUACCCUUGAGAAGCAUGCGGAGACGUACAGAAAGGGCGUCAUGAACAGCAUCUCGCUUGAAAAUUCCAAGUUGCUGAUGGAACGCAGCACCGCUCUCAAUCCCGAAACCGGACUUUACUACAUCACUCGAGAUCCGAGAAUCAAAAUUAACUUCUACUUUAGCUUUCCAAAUGAAUUUUUCGUAGAAAUGGCCAAGAACAUCAGGUGCAAGAUUUUUUACAUCCGCGCGAAGAAAGGAUUGGUUUUCGAGCACCCGAAAGUCAUCAAGGCAGUACAGGUGGAAAUUGAAAAGGCGACGGACGUCGAGUACGUGGAAGUUGACGCAACGCAUCACGUGCACAUGGAAAAACCGGAACUUGUCAAACCUUUUGUACUUGACUUUUUAUUUGGAAGAAAAUGUUAAAAAUUGGCAUUUAUUAUUUUUUUUAAUUCAAAAAGUUCAAAAAUAAAAAUUCAAUCGUCAUCUUCA